AUGAAAAGUGAUAAUGUCAUUCUAUCAACAGGAUCCUAUUGUGAGGAAUUUAAUGCAAAAUUAUGUCAAGACUUGGUAUUAAUGGAAAAAUUCAAGAGACAUGCAUCUGCUUUUUAUUUUUCUGUUGCAUUCGAAAAAUUGAGAAAACUUCUGGAUGACAUUGAUUACGAAUUAACAUAUGAUAUUAUUGCAACUAUAUUUCAUACACAUGGAAAUGACGUUGAUAUUUUUUAUCACCAGUUUGUACAAGCUGUUGUUGAUGUUACCUUGAUAUUUGAUAAAAUACAAAAUACACCUGCAGUCAUUGUAGUUCAAUGGGUGAUCGUCUUGCCAUCAGGCAGAUUUUGGGAAGGAGGAACAUGGGUUGACGUUGUUGUUGAUGAUCGUCUUCCAACUCAAAAUGGAAAACUUAUAUAUGCAUCCUCAGGAUAUCCCAACGAGUUUUGGCCAUCAUUAAUGGAAAAAGCUUAUGCAAAAUUACUUUAUCGAUCAUACAAAAAAUUGAACGCAGGUUUUGCAAGUAUAGCAAUGCAGGAUUUAUCAGGAGGUAUAUCAGAAAGGUUUUUUGUUGAAAACUCAGCAAGCCAUUUAUUCAAAACUAUGCAAAAUACAAUAAAAAAAUCUACAAUGAUUGCUUGUGGGAGUUAUUCAAAAAAGCAAAUGACAGCAAGAGUUGGAAUUAAUACAUUUGCCAUUAAUCCAAAUCAUGCUUAUGCUAUAACUGAUAUAAAAAUAGCAACAAAAAAUAAUGUUGAUGGAGAAAUUAAACUAAUACGUAUUUGCAAUCCUCAUGGUGUUGUAUCAUUGAACCCUUACCCUGGUAAAAUUAGUGAAAUAUUUCCUAAAGAAACUAUAGAGUCUGAACUAAAAAUUGAAGUUGAUGGAGAAAGCUGGAUUCUAUAUGAAGAUUUUAUAAAAUACUUUGACUCUGUUUAUAUUUGUAAUUUAACUCCCAAUCGAUUAAUAGGGGAUAUUUAUUCAAUCAAAAGUGGUAACAAAUUAUCAUUAUCAGCAAUAAAAGGUAAAUGGAUGGGAGGAAUUGAAUCAAGAGAAGUGAUUAAAAAUGAUUUUUUAAAAAUUAAUCCACAAUAUCGUAUGGUAUUAAAAGAGUCAAAUGAAGGUGAUGAAUGUAAUAUUUUAAUUGGUUUAUCAUUGAAAUCUAGACAUGAUUCAGUACCAGUUGAUGAUGUUCCAAUAAGUCUUAAAAUUAUAAUAUAUGAUGAUCAUGACAAAUACACUUUAACAAAACCAUUGCUUGAUUAUUCAAAAGAAUACCGUCGUUUUUGUCUAAAUGGUAAACGCGGACAAGAAAGUGGACGUUUUGAUCUAAAACCUGGUACAUAUUACAUUAUACCCUUCAUGAAAGAUACAUUCAAAGCAGCAACUUUUUUUCUACAAAUUCUAUCUGAGCAACGAGAUAUUUUAGAAGUUUAUGACCGAAAUAUUGAUGUGCCCAAUGUCAAAGAUAAGGAAUCAUUUGAACUUUAUCAGCCACCGGGCUGUCCUGGCUAUAUUCAUAUUCCUUUUAUAAUUAUUGUUUUAAAACGAAAUGGAUUUUCAAUGAAUAAUGAUCUAUUGAAAAGAACUGUAUCACGUAAUGCUGGUGAAAAAAAUUUGAUACACUUUAAUGGUUUGUCUUUGAUUGUGUUUACACUUAAAAGUCAAUUUGAAAAAAUCGAAAUGAUGACAUUGAAUCAAGAAAGUAUAAAUUUCGAUGAAGUUGCUCACGAUAUGUUUCAUCAAGCUUGCAAAAAAAUUUAA